UUUAAGUGAAGCCAAGUAUUGAAGUGUAUUUGAAUAUGUGCAUAGCGAUGAAGAGCAGCUUAUUGUUUCUGAUAAUUUUCGCGCUUGCAGUUGCGAAUUCGAAAAGCCAAACUCCAAAUGAAGUGCCUAACACAAUGAUCGAGUUAGAUGAAGCAUGGGAAAGGAAAGAUAUUAUUACGGUGCUGUUCAAGAUGCUCGACUUGUACGAAGAUGCGGUGGAUAACGACGAGAAUUUCGUUAUAAAGGAUGCAAUUGUAUGCAUCAAGUUUGUCCUGAAGAAGAUCUACCCCAUCUACGUGACGAUCUACCCGGAAAAGAAGUCUCCUAAUGAUGAGACCUCUCUCAAGAUUGUGAGCGAUGCUAUUGACAAUGUUGAUUACGCGAAAGACGUGUACAGCGAUUUCGAGGAAUUAAUGAUGGAUGCCGUACAAGAUUAUCUUCGGUCUUAAGCCCAGGGCUUGGUGAGGCCCUCGCUGAA